CAUAUUUAUGCUCUCUUGGAGUUGACACCUGUUAGAUACCCGCUUCACCAAAUUCCAAGAGUUAAACAACAAAUACGACCGGGAAGAACUGGAUGUGGAACAGAUGCAAAGAACUUGCGAUGGAGCGCAGGCAUGCCAGUCUGGGAAUUUGUCGCGAGCUCAGUUCAGUGUGAAUGCAAAACCAAGAUCAAGACUCCACUUAUGGCAAUAACCCAGAAAAAGCACAGUAAGAAGAAGAAGAAGAAGAAGCAAGGAACGGGAGAGGGGAAGGAGAGGGAAAAGUUCAGGUCCAAUGUCUUCUGUCUAUUUUCCCAACAGCUCCUCAAUCCCAGCCGUCGCCUCUCGAGUACUAUUUCCGUGUGCUUUCUAGAGCUAGGGGAAUGAGCUAUCAGCAGCAGUCAUCGAGCUCUGGUGGUAGAACGGCCCGAAGAACAUUUGAGUUCGGGCGAACACAUGUGGUGCGGCCAAGAGGGAAACACCAGGCCACUAUUGUUUGGCUGCAUGGCCUUGGUGAUAAUGGCUCGAGCUUGUCCCAGCACUUGGAAUCCCUCUCUCUUCCUAAUGUAAAAUGGAUCUGUCCAACUGCUCCCACCCGCCCCGUGGCUUUAUUAGGCGGGUUUCCAUGUACUGCAUGGUUUGAUGUUCGAGAGAUUUCAGAAGAUAGUCCAGAUGACUGGGAAGGCUUAGAUGCUUCAGCAGCGCAUAUUGCCAAUCUUUUGUCGACAGAACCAGCUGAUGUGAAAGUUGGCGUUGGAGGCUUCAGUAUGGGUGCUGCCACAGCUAUUUACUCGGCAACCUGUUUCGCUCUGGGUAAAUACGCAAAUGGAAGUCCAUACAUGAUCAACUUAAGGGCAGUUAUUGGUUUGAGUGGUUGGCUUCCAGGCUCAAGGAGCUUGAGAAACAAAAUGGAGGUAUCAAAUGAUGCUGCAAGGCGUGCCUCAUCCUUGCCUAUGUUUCUUUGCCACGGCACAAAUGAUGAUGUAGUCAAUUUUAACUUUGGAGAGAGGUCGUCCCGCUACUUGAGCUCAGCAGGAUUCCGAUAUGUUUUAUUCAAGUCGUACGACGGGCUCGGUCAUUACACGGUCCCUAAAGAGAUGGACGACGUUUGCCAUUGGCUUACUGCUAGGCUGGGGCUCGAGGGUUAUGGCUAAUAAUGGAUUCAAUACUGAAGCAUUCAGUUUUCCACGGGCAUUGGUGGAAAAAGAAUGGAUGACCAACAUAUUACCAAGAGAGGAGAGAAUAAAUGAAAAGUAGGAUGAAUGCUGAUACAAGGAAAAGUGGAUGAGGGGGUAUACGCUAUAGUUCAAUUCACCUUCGCUAUUUUCUUGUUGCCUAUCCUAAUAAAGUUUUGGGAGUGCUGCUUACACAUAUGUAGCAUGUAAUGGGUAGUAGAGAUCUACUUUUUUCUGCAAUUUAGAAUUCUUUACGAAAUAAGAGUUAUGUUUCAUCGUUCA